CACUCUCAUGGCGGCGCGCCGGCGCUCGCUCCGCCGCCCUUCCACUCGCCCCACUGCCCUCCCCUAGCCUCAGUGCCCUCCCGACACCGCGUCCCGUAGCCUCGCCGCCCAACGCCGCCCUCCCCAGGCUCUCGACGCCGACCUCCCAGGACCCCGACGAGUCCCGACGCCGACCUCCAGAACCGCGACGAGGCCCGACGCCCUCCUCCAAGGUCCUCCGCGGCAGCUGCUGGGGCGGCCUCCCCAGGCUCCCGAAGCCGCCCUCCCAGGCCUUCGAGGGCAGCUUCUGAUUCAGCUCUUCCGACACCAUCCUCCUAGGGCACUCGACGCACUACACCCUCAAUCCCCUCGACCUUGUAUGAUUUCCCCCUGUUACCUAUUUUUCAUUGCAAGUGCUGAAAAUCCUUGGUAUUUUUCAUGGCAAUUGGAUGGGCAUAUUUGGUGUUCUGUCAGAUAUAGACUCUUUGUGUGAAAAAAGAAGCAAUGGGAUACACAAAUCUGAUGCUUUAAACUUUUUUUUUAUUACAAUUAAGGCUUGUAGUAGUUUCUACCUACUAGUAUCUACUAUCUCUACCUGCUAGUAUGUACUGUGAAUGGUGAACGCUCCUAGAUGAUAAGCCUCUGUUUUGCAUGUUUCAGAUUCGAUGGGUGAUUUCAAAGUAGAAAUAGAUGUUCAGUCUUACUUGACGAUUGUAGACGGCAGUAGAGUGUACACAAGGGGCAGAACAUGGAAUUUUAUGGCCGGUCGGGGCUUGUCCGUGGCACGGAUAAAGGAGGUUGUGGAGGAGAGGUACAAAUGGUCUGCUGAUCAGAGAAUGACCAUUUGGUAUGGAUCCGGAGGUAACGUCGUCCCAUUGAUCUCUGAAUCAGAGAUAGCUCAAUUGUUUGAUAUAUGUUCACACACAAAAAUAGUAAGGUUCAGUGUGACCAUUGAGAGCAAACAACAAGAAAAUGAACCUGCUCUUGUCAUGACCGAGGAGAUGGAUGAUCAGCCGGUUCACGCUCCAUUCUUUGCUUGGCCGAAGCAAGCCUAUGAAGGGGAGUACGAGGAUGAUGAGCCCGUGGGAUGCAAUGAGGAGAACACCUAUUUGCAUGAGGAGAAUGCUGAGUCAAAGGAGAAUGCCAAACCACAGAAAAAUGCCGAGCCAAAGGCUGCAAGAGUUCCACUGGGAACACUAGAUGUUGACAACUCUUGUGAUCCACAACAUGUGCGAGGGGAUGAUGAGGCCUUACUUGCGAAUAAUACGGCUCCUACUUAUAUCCACGAUAAAAACAAUCCUCGAAUCGAAGUAGGAGCCACAUUUCCUAACUCUAAAGCAUUUAGAGUUGCAUUGAGACAACUAGCAAUUAGAGAAGAUUGGUCCUUUGGCAUGCAGUAUAGUGACACUCAGAGAUUUAGGGCUAAUUGCACUGAUGAGGAUUGUCCAUGGAGGAUACAUGCCUCAAAGUUACCGAACACUAAAACUUUCAUGGUAAAGAAACUUCCUUUUGGCCAUACUUGUGGGAGUACCAAUUGCAGCAAAGGAACGGCAAAUAGAGACUGGCUUGCUGAUAAAGGGAAUGCUGCGCUUGAGGAGAACCCCACGGUGAGUGCAAAACAACUUAGAGAAACUUUGCAAAAGGAGUAUGAUAUUAAGCUUCAGUACACCGAUGUUUGGAAAGGAAGAGCUCGUGCAAAGGAUCAAUUGGAAGGUACAUAUAAGGAGAAUUUUCAGCAGUUGUGGAACUUUAGAGCCGAAUUGUUGGCAGCCAAUCCUGGAAGUAUAUUUGAGAUAGACAUAAAAACAACUACCAACAAAAAGGGUGACAUUGUGCAUGUUUUCAAUAGGUUGUUCAUUGCCUUCAAGCCAUGCUUGAUGGGUUUUUGGCAGGGCGUAGACCAUAUUUGGGGGUUGAUGCAACUUUUCUUAGUGGGAAAUACACCGGACAAUUGGCAGCCGCAAUUGGCGUGGAUGGGCAUAGUUGGAUGUUUCCGGUAGCAUUUGAAAUAUUUGAGAAAGAAAAUACAGAAAAUUGAGUAUGGUUCAUGGAGCAGCUAAAAUUGGCCAUUGGAGAGCCAAAAGGGCUUGCAAUCCAUACAGAUGCAUGUAAGGGAUUGGAGAACGCCGUCUCGAAGGUGUACCCAAAUUGUGAACAUAGAGAAUGCAUGAUGCAUCUAAUGCUUAACUUCAAGAAAAAGUUCAAAGGUGACAUACUAGAUAAUAUGUGGCCUGCAGCUUGGACUUAUGAAGUAGAGAAGCAUGAGUCCAGGAUGGCAGAAAUACAAGCAGAAAGCACCGAUGCAAUAGCCUAUUUGAACAUGCAUCACAACCGUGUGUGUACAAGAAGCAAAUUUUCAGCAAUGACAAAAGUUGAGUAUGUCUGCAAUAAUUUGGCAGAGGUUUUCAAUAAUUGGAUUAAGGACAUGAAGCAGCUUGCACUUGUUGAGCUUUUGGACAACCUUAGGGAAAUGAUAAUGAAAUUGAUAGAGAAAAGGAGAGCCGUUGCUGAAGGACUGCUAGGUUACAUACUACCUAGUGUGAUAAAGGAGUUGAAUUUGAAAAGCAAGGGGCUGCAUUAUUUGGAAGCAAGAGCAUCGCCAAAUAUAGCUGAGAUUUCAGGAAAUGGAUGGAGGCACACCGUUAACUUGGAGAAAAAGAGUGCUCUUGUAGGAGAUGGCAGAUUUGUGGCAAGCCAUGCACACAUGCUCUUGGGUUCAUAUUCUCCGAAAAAGCCAAUACUCCUAUCCUAUGGUAUGAUGACUGUUUGCAACCGUGCAUGCAUGCUUAGUAGCAGAAUGGUAUACGCGCAUGCAUGCUUAGUAGCAGAAUGGUGUGUACAUGGAGGUGCUCUUUUGCUAAUUGCUAUACUGUGUUGUGAGAACCAUUUUGUGUCCAUGUACAUGCUGUGUUGAAGAGGUAAGGGCGUGCAAGUCUUUUUGGGAUGAUGUUAGUCUCAGUUAUGAACUAGUGGUAUUUUGGCUAGAGAAAAGUGAAAUGAGUGCUAUUUAGGCAAGUUGGCUUUUA